AUGGCCAGGCUGAGAGAGGCAGACGGAGCUCAACAGCAGCAACAGCAGCAAUCUCCCCAGUACCAUCAACCCAUGAACGAGGCUGAUAUUCAGCUCAACCACAGCCAGAUGAAGGACCACGACGCCAUUAAGCUGUUUAUUGGCCAGAUACCACGGAACCUGGAGGAGAAUGACCUGAAGCCCCUCUUUGAGGAAUUUGGGAAGAUAUAUGAGUUAACUGUACUGAAGGACCGAUUCACAGGCAUGCACAAAGGCUGUGCCUUCCUUACAUACUGUGCAAGAGAGUCUGCUAUCAAGGCACAGAAUGCAUUACAUGAGCAAAAGACACUGCCUGGGAUGAAUCGACCCAUUCAGGUGAAGCCUGCUGACAGUGAGAGUCGUGGAGAAGACAGAAAAUUAUUUGUGGGCAUGCUAAACAAACAACAGACAGAGGAUGAUGUGUACAGACUCUUUGAAUCUUUUGGUGUCAUAGAGGAAUGCACAGUUUUACGAGGACCUGAUGGCAACAGCAAAGGUUGUGCAUUUGUGAAGUUCUCCACACACGCUGAAGCCCAGGCGGCCAUUAACGCACUACAUGGCAGUCAGACAAUGGCGGGGGCGUCCUCCAGCCUCGUGGUGAAGUUUGCCGACACAGACAAGGAACGCACCCUGAGGCGCAUGCAGCACAUGGUGGGUCAGUUUGGGAUGUUCAACCCGAUCCCGCUGCAGUUCAACAACACCUACAGCUCCUAUGCUCAUGCGCUGAUGCAGCAACAAGCAGCUAUCAUGGCAGCCACCACACACACUGGAUACCUGAACCCCACCGCUGCCUUCCCCACUGCACAGAUGCACCACAUGGCUGCGAUCAACCUGAACGGACUGGCAGCUGCGCCACUCACACCCACAUCAGGGUUGUCCUCUCCUCCUGGGAUUGCGGCUCCUGCUGUGCCCAGUAUCGUAUCUCCGAUCGGGGUGAAUGGCUACACAGGCCUCUCCACUCAACACAACGGGCACCCCACAGUGGAGGCUGUCUACGCUAAUGGCAUCCACCCGUACACAGCACAAAGUCCAUCUGCAGCUGACGCCUUGCAGCAGGCUUUCACUGGGGUUCAGCAGUACACUGCCAUGUAUCCAACAGCGAUUGCCCAGAUCAGUCAAGCAUUUCCACAGCCACCUCCAGUCAUUACACAGCAAAGGGAAGGGCCAGAGGGCUGCAAUCUUUUCAUUUACCACCUCCCCCAGGAGUUCGGGGAUAGUGAACUCAUGCAGAUGUUUCUGCCCUUUGGGUCAGUCAUCUCCUCCAAGGUCUUCAUGGACCGAGCCACCAAUCAGAGUAAAUGCUUCGGUUUUGUGAGUUUUGAUAAUCCCACUAGUGCCCAGGCUGCCAUCCAGGCUAUGAAUGGCUUUCAGAUUGGAAUGAAGAGGUUAAAAGUCCAGUUAAAACGGCCAAAAGAUACCAGUCGCCCAUACUGACUGACCGUGAUUCAGGGGCAAGAAUUUCUGAUUUUCUAGGGCAGGAACGGUGUGGAUUAUGAAGAAGUACCUUUUUUGAGAGGGCUGAGUCCCCGAAAUCAGUGCCGAGGGGGAGAUACCGAGAUAUAAAACUUGAAGAAAACAUUUCGAGAACCCUGAAAAUGUGAAAUUUCAUUGCAGCUAUUUAAGAAGACUUGGAUCUGACAAUAGCACACGUGACAUAAUGCGAUGUAGGGACGGCUGCGUCUUAAAGGUUGCAGAGGAGGCUGCUUUGGCACAGUUCUGUGUCGCCGAGCACCCAGCUAGGUCUCCUAGGCGAUGGUUGCCAUGGCUGGGGUUUUUUGUGUGUGUGUGUGUGUAUGUUUUUGAAUCCAUAUGGUUGACAUGGUAACGCAGAACACAUUGAGUCUUUAUCUCUCAAUCCUCCGACAUUCAGGGAUCAA